AUCAGUUCACUUUUGCCAUUUCUCAGCAAAGAAGACAGAGAGAGAUCCGAGAGAGUAAUCAGAAUACCAUGUUUGCCAUAGCUUCCCCAUCAUCUUCUUCUUCUCCCAGGAAAUAUGAUGUGUUUCUGAGUUUCAGAGGAGAGGACACUCGUAGAUCCUUCACCAGCCAUCUCCAUACUGCAUUGUGUGUCGGAGAUAUUAAGACAUACAUAGAUUAUGAGCUCCCAAAAGGCCAUAAAAUCUCCCAAUCACUCAUUGAAGCAAUUCAGGAUUCAUCCAUCGCUGUGGUGGUCUUCUCUCAAAACUAUGCCACUUCAAAAUGGUGUUUGGAUGAGCUCCUUGAGAUCCUUCGUUGCAAACAACAUCAGGCACAGAUUGUUGUUCCUAUCUUCUACGAAAUCGAUCCAUCUCAUGUGCGUAAUCAGAAAGGAACUUAUGAGAAAGCAUUCUCAGAACAUUUAGAGAAAAACCCAGAGAAGGUGCACCAAUGGAGACAAGCCCUUUCUCAAACUGCAAGUCUAGCAGGAUGGGACUCCCGCAACUACAGGGAUGAAGCAGAGCUCAUUCAAAAUAUUGUGACGGACAUAAAAAAAAAACUAAACCGUUGGUCCCCAACAACUGGAUCAGAAGAAAUUGUUGGAAUUGAUGAGAAUUUGGAUCAUAUUGAGUCAUUGCUAGAAGAAUCCUCAAGAAUUGGGAUUUGGGGGAUGGGCGGGAUAGGCAAAACAACAAUGGCUAAGGUUGUAUUUGACAAGCUCCGUUCUCGAUUUGAUAGUUGCUGCUUCUUGAAAAAUUUUAGGGAAAAGUAUAAAGAGUAUGGGUUGGAAUAUGUACGUGACGAACUUUUUCGAGAACUAGAUACAUCUCUUGGAAGGCUCACUAGUAGAAAAGUUUUGAUUGUACUUGAUGAUGUUAGCACCACACAGCAGUUAGAUAAGUUGAAAAAUGAAGUUCCUUGUUUGGGACAUGGUAGUAAAGUCAUCAUAACAAGUAGAGAUAAGCAUGUGCUUAAUGGAAGAGUUGAGAGAAUACAUGAGGCCAAGGCAUUGAGCUACAACAAUUCACUAAAGGUUUUCAACCUUAAAGCCUUCCGCAAAGAUGGCUAUAAAAGUGAAUAUGAAAAACUAGUUGAAAGAGCUCUUGCUUAUGCCCAAGGCGUUCCAUUAGCCUUAACCAUUUUGGGUUCAUUCCUUUAUUCCAAAACUGUAAAAGAAUGGAAAAGUGCAUUGAGGAAAUUAGAAAGGACACCCAAUCAAGAUGUUCAGGCUGUGUUAAAAUUGAGCUAUGAUGGGCUUGAUCAUGAGGACAAACAGAUAUUUUUAGACAUUGCUUGUUUUUUCAAAGGUGAAUUAAGAAGAUAUGCAGAAGCAAUGCUAGAGUACUGUUGUGGCUUUGACCCAAGCAUUGGUUUGAGAACCCUUAUGGAUAAGGCGUUGAUAAGUGUCAGUUGUGAUGCAAUAUGGAUGCAUGAUUUAAUUCAAUCAAUGGCUUUUGACAUUAUUCAUCAAGAGUGCAUCACAAAUCCUGGAGGACGUAGUCGACUAUGGAAGCCUGAUGAGAUCUAUGAUGUUCUAAAAAAUGAUCGAGGAACUGAUGCAAUUCAAGCCAUAAGUUUAUAUUUGCCUCAAAUUAAAGAUUUGGAAUUGAGUGCUGAUGUCUUUAGAAAGAUGCUUAAUUUAAGGUUUCUAAGAUUCCAUUAUUCACAUGGGCAUGAAGGAUCGCGUACUGUAAGUCUUCCUUCAGGGCUUGAGUCGUUGCCCAAUUCAUUAAGGUAUCUUCAAUGGGACAAUUUUCCUUCCAAGAGUCUACCAUUGUCAUUUUAUGCAGAGAAGCUAGUCGUACUUCGCAUGCCAGAUAGCCACCUUGAAAAGCCAUGGGAUGGCAUCCAGAACUUCGUGAAUUUAAGGGAGAUAGACCUUGCUGGGUCCAAGCAAUUGAUAGAGUUGCCAGAUUUGUCAACAGCCCAAAAACUUGAACGGGUUGAUCUGACAGAUUGUGAAAGUUUACGGCAUCUUCAUCCAUUAAUUUUAUCUCUCCCAAGAUUGACAGAUCUGAAACUUCGUCGCUGCCGAAACCUAAAAAGUUUGAAAUGUGAGAGUCAAUCAAAAUCCCUCUUACACCUGGAUGUCUAUGGGUGCUCUAGUCUCAAGGAAUUUUCAUUCUCUUCAGACAAAAUGAAGUAUUUGAGUUUAGAAGGAACAUGUGUCGAGAUAUUGGACUUUUCAAGUGGGCGUAUGGAGAAACUCAAGAGGCUCUGUCUCAACGGCUCAACAUUAAAGAAUCUUCCGAUCAAUGACAUCUGUUACAUGAGAUCUCUCGAGGAGCUUCAUCUUUAUGAUUGUGGAGGAACAAUUGACAAAUCAAAGCUUCAUGGCUUAUUUGAUGCUUUGCUAUCUCUACAAACAAUUGAUUUGAGCGGGACAUGCAAAUUGACUGAACUUCCAAACAAUAUCAAGCAUCUCUCAAGGCUACAACAUCUUAACGUAAGUGGUUGCAAGGACCUUCAAUCUUUUCCGGAGCUUCCUCCAUCCAUUGAAGUAUUAGAUGCCGGCAAAUGCACAUCAUUGAAGACACUUCGAUUCACUUCUCAUAUUGAAUCUUCGUUGUCGAUAGAUGAAAUAACGUCGGGUUCAACAUUCUGUUCCUCAGUUAGCUGUCUCAAAAAUCUUAGACAGCUUAUUCUUAAUGAUUGUGAACAAUUGUAUGAAAUCCCUGCUGGCAUCAAGCAUCUUUCAAAUCUAGAAGAAAUUGAGUUGAGAAAUUGUAGAAGACUUCGUUCUCUGCCAGAGCUACCACCGUUCUUUUAUAAAAUUGAUGCCGGAGGUUGCAUAUCAUUGGAAACGCAUGUUAUGGAAAGUGCUUAUUCCUCAUUGAGACGACUAGUAUGCACACGCAAAGAAGGUCGCAUUUGCUACUGUGGAAGAAAAGCCCCAGAGUGGUUUACAUUUAAUCAGGUAAAACGGGCCUCUAGAGAGAUAACUGUUGAGCUUCCUUUCUCCACCAGCGACGUAAUUGGCUUCAUUUCCUGCGCUGUUCUUUCUGUACACGGUCCCACUGAGUUUUUAUGCGACUAUGCUAAUGGUCUUUGUCGGAUCUCAACGCGCUUGGGAAAGAUGAAAAAUUCAGAUUCGCGUCAUGUUUUUCUGUGGUGUGACGAUUGCUCGUUCGAGGGCUUCAAUAACGAGAAGGGCGAUCAAAACACCAAUUAUAGGCCAAAGGCGCCGUUUAAAUUCAGUCUUCAUGCAGAGAGUGGGGUUGCCGAUGGUGUGAUUGAAGAAUGUGGAGUCUGGCCAAUAUUUGUCUCGGAAUAUUCCCACUUCAUUCAACAAAUGGAAUUGCAGUCAAACUUGGAUGCCCAAAAAGAGACUCGUCAUGGUGCUGAUGAGAAUUCGUUUCAUGGGAUCCGAGAAUAUGCUAGAGCGUGGAUCCGUGUUCGGUUUGCUCUAGAUAUUGACAACUUGAUGGGUUUCAUCUUCUGCUUUGUUAUACCCCAGUUCGCCUCCAAAAAAAGGGACGAAUUUCACUCAUUAUGUCUUUUCUAUUUAGAUGAUGUCAGUCCAUCGUCGUCAAGGGGUUAUAAUCUUGAUAACUCUUUGACAGGUCCAACAGGAUGGCACUAUUCAAUGGAAAAAUUGAAUUCAGAUAACGUUUUUCGAUGGUACGAUCCGCACUACAGUGAACUCAUACUACAGAAACUCCGAAAAAAGGGGAAAGGUCAUGAUGAGGAGCUUGAAUUUUCAUUUCUUUUGGGUGAUCGUUAUGAUUGCAAUCUUGAAGAGUGCUGGAUCAAAGAAUGUGGAGUUCGCCCAAUAUAUGUCUCAGAGUUCUCAGAGUACACAAACUUCCUUCUUCAACCAAAAAAAAAUAAAAAUGAAAGGGGUAUGAAAAGAAAGAGGCCUCAAAAUAUUGAUGAUGACCAGUACCAACUCCCUUCAACAAAGAAAUUGAAGGAGUCUUCAAUCAUUCAAUCUAUUCCCCAGAAUCCCGAGUCCAAGACUUCUCAUGAUGUCGAUAAAGUGCUCCUCCUGCUGUCCCAAUUGAAUUUGGAAUCUACAAAGGAUCACAAUCGCCGUAAGAAAUAG